GGUCGGGCAUCAGAUGGCAGCAAAAUGAAGGAUGAGUCUGGGGCCCAAAAUAAAGAAGCCGCUCUUUUUGAUUACUCACAAUGCUAAAUAAUUCCCAGAAAGCCCUAAUUAGCUUUGCUGGUCAACAUGCUUCUUUAUGAAAGUGGAUAAAGGGCACCGCUUCUUUUUACUAUUCUGUGAAUUCCUAAUUGCGGUGUCUCCGUCACAACGGCAUGUCUUAAUUAGACGCCGUUACGCCACACAAAGACGUAUCAGCGAGAGUCGUGGAGAUGACCUACCGCGCUAAUGAAUGGGCCCGCAGGUGAGCAAAGAAACAACUCUCGCGUCUCCUCGGGAAGCGGGGUCCAAAUGACAUCCCGUCGUGAAAAGACAAGAGGAUAUAAAAGAGCCCAGUUCUUCCCCCCCGUGGAGGACGGAAGAUCAGAUGCCUUCUUCUCACAGCCGACAGAAGAUGAGGUGGUGCGCCCCCGAGUUGCAACACCUGGCCGAGUCGCACUCGUCCGGCAAGCAGAAGGUCCUGGGUCUUCUUCUGCUGUUGCUGCUGUCGGAGGCGGUGCUGUGCGAUGUCCACAGCGUGUCCAGUGAGUGCUGCAAGCAGCCGUCUCGCCCGUGUCGCCUGCACCUGCUGCUGUGUCGCUCAGGAGGGGCCACCAAGGUCUUGGCCGACGUCUCCGCCGGCAUCCUCACCCUGGGCAAGCGCACACUGGACGAGCCCAACUUCCACAGUCGCCUGCAACAGCUUCUCCACGAGUCCAGGGACCGUGCCGCCGGCAUCCUGACCAUGGGCAGGAGAGCCUCGCCGGGGGUCAAAGGUCACCAUGCGCCCCCGUCAGACGCCAACUUCGCUCUUUUGCCGGUUUGAUGUGUUGCAAUGCAUCCUGGGACUUCUAAUAAACACAACAGGAAUGGAAUGAUUUACAU